AAUGUGUCAACUCCUGAAAUGGCAAAACCUUUAGAUCACAUCAAGAGACCCAUGAACGCCUUCAUGGUGUGGUCCAGAGGCCAGAGGCGAAAGAUGGCCCAGGAGAACCCGAAGAUGCACAACUCCGAGAUCAGCAAGAGACUGGGCGCGGAGUGGAAGCUGCUCUCCGACUCCGAGAAGCGUCCGUACAUCGACGAGGCCAAGAGGCUGCGGGCUCAGCACAUGAAGGAGCACCCGGACUACAAGUACAGACCCCGGCGCAAGUCCAAGAGCCUCCUGAAGAGGGACCGCUUCCUGUUCCCGCUGCCGUCUUUCCUCGGGGAGGCAGCGGAGCACCUGAAGGGAUUUGCCAUGGACUCCUUCCUCGUCCCCGGGGACAAAGCCCGGGCUCUCUUCGCUCCCUCCUCCUCCUCCUCAUCAUCCUCCUUCCUGCUGGAGCCGGUGGCGCAGUUCAGCACCGGAGCUGUCCAGCGCGUUGCGGAGAUCCCGCACUCCCUGGCCGGGGGCGCGCUGCCCUACGGCGCGCACAGCUUCGGCUACCAGACCGGCGGGAUGGGGGGACUGGGGGGACUGGCGUGUCCCGGACAGCACACCCACACCCACCCGUCACCCUCCAGCCCGGGAUACAUGCUGCCGUGCAACUGUAGUGCCUGGUCUGCGGCCAGUUUACACCCGCAGGUGGCGUAUAUUCUCUUCCCCGGAGGGAUGACCAAGAGCGGCAUGGACUCGUAUCCUUCCCCCGGAUCCAGCGUGCAGACUGGGUAGGAAGACGCACGUACACAACGGGGAACGUUUUACGCACAAGAUCUUCCCAUGCAAUGUAACAGACAAAGAGAAAGAACUGGGCUAUAAUAAAACGUGUUUUCUAAUCUAAUAAAUAUAACAGAAAAAUUGUUGACCUUUAUU